CUCGAUUCCAUCUACUGUUCUAUUUUCUCUCUACUUUCUCCAUUCCCCGCCGGAAAAUCAUUCGUUCGCCGGCGAACUGUCGCCGGAGAAGUUACACGCGCUCAGAAUCUCUGAUAUAGUAGUGUUCCUUGUUUCUCGAGCGUAGUUAAAUCACCCGGUGUCGCCGCUCGCCGGUAAACCUCUUCGUAUCGCCGGAAAACCGCCUGCUCGCAGGUGAACUGUGUCACCAGAGAAUACAGCUUCUCUAUUAUCCUUUGGUUUCGAGUAGUUGAAUUUGUUUUCGAGUAGUUGAACCACUCGGACGGUGAAAUCGUUUUGAUCUCCGAGUUGGACUCGGUUUUGUGCCGCAUCGAGGUGGAACUUGGAAGGGAGAGUCGGGAUGUCAAGGGAGGCUAUGUUGGAGUUUUUGAAGCGAAAAAGGCUUCAACGAAAGAAACCAGAAUCUAUGAAUGAUUCGACUUAUGUCAGCAAUACGAUGAGUAGAAGUGGAGGAGAUGCCCUAAGCUCUUCAGCUUCAUGUGGUGUUAGAGUUCAUGUAAAUGCAGGGUGGGGGACUUCCUUAAACAGAAGAGAUGUUUUCUCAAAGCACAAGGUUGCCAAGUUUGAUACGUCUAAUCUUGACUGGACUGAUAAAAUUCCAGAAUGUCCAGUUUAUUAUCCAAGUAAAGAGGAGUUUGAGGAUCCGCUGGUUUAUCUCCAGAAGAUAGCUCCUGAAGCUUCUAAAUAUGGAAUAUGCAAGAUUGUUUCACCAAUCAUGGCUUCUGUUCCUGCUGGAGUAGUGUUGAUGAAAGAGAAGGCUGGUUUUAAAUUUUCAACGAGGGUACAGCCACUUCGUCUAGCUGAAUGGGAUACAGAUGACAAGGUCACAUUUUUCAUGAGCGGAAGAAACUACACAUUUCGUGAUUUCGAGAAAAUGGCGAACAAGCUCUUUACUCGUAGGUAUUGUAGUGCUGGAUGCCUUCCUCCUGCUUAUAUGGAAAAAGAAUUUUGGCAUGAAAUAGCUUGUGGAAAGACUGAGAGUGUUGAAUAUGCAUGCGAUGUUGAUGGUAGUGCAUUUUCAUCUUCUCCCAAUGAUGAACUUGGAAAAUGCAAAUGGAAUAUGAAGAGAUUUUCUUGCCUACCUAAAGCAACACUUCGACUCCUCGAAAAAGCUAUCCCGGGAGUUACUGAACCAAUGUUAUACAUUGGAAUGCUAUUUAGUAUGUUUGCCUGGCAUGUUGAAGAUCACUACUUGUACAGCAUCAAUUAUCAUCAUUGCGGGGCAGCAAAAACCUGGUAUGGUGUUCCAGGUCAUGCAGCGCUCAACUUUGAAAAGGUUGUCCGCCAGCAUGUCUAUAACAAUGAUAUCUUAAACGCUGAUGGGGAGGAUGGAGCUUUUGAUGUGCUUUUGCAGAAGACAACAUUGUUUCCUCCUAACAUUUUAUCAGAACAUGAUGUUCCUGUCUAUAAAGCUGUUCAAAAGCCUGGGGACUUUAUAGUAACUUUUCCAAGAGCAUAUCAUGCUGGAUUUAGCCACGGUUUUAACUGUGGCGAGGCUGUAAACUUUGCAACUGGUGAUUGGUUCCCAAUUGGUUCAGUUGCUAGCCGUCGUUAUGCACUGCUGAACAGGGUGCCUCUUCUUCCCCACGAGGAACUUCUCUGCAAAGAAGCAAUGCUUUUGCGUAUGGAUUUGGAACUUCAAAAUCAAGCUUAUUCCUCUGCAGAUUUGAUCACCCACCAUAGCAUUAAAGUUUCUUUUGUAAAUUUGAUGCGGUUUCAACAUCGUGCUAGGUGGUGCCUCAUGAGAUCAAAAGCAUUUUCUGGUGUAUCGUCAUUUUCACACGGCACUAUUCUUUGCAGCAUAUGCAAGCGUGACUGCUAUGUAGCAUAUCUGAACUGCAACUGUUACUCACAUGCAAUGUGCCUUCGCCAUGAUCCUAGGUCUCUUGAUCUACCUUGUGGAAGCAGUAGAACCCUUUGCUUAAGGGAAGAUUUUUCGGACAUUGAAACUGCAGCAAGGAAGUUUGAGCUGGAUGAUGUUGUUUUGCAUGAAAUUGGGCAAUAUAGAGAAAGUGAUGACUACAGUCUCCUUUUGAACAUGUUUCCACGAGCUGAAGAGGAAGGCUAUGUUCCAUUUUGUGAAAUAAAGUUUGAAUGGUCUGAGGAAACCUUGAAAACUGAGGACUGGGUUGAACAGGCCUCCAAUGCUUCUGCAUCUAGUAUUGGAAUUGUGUCACGUGUUGGUUCUCCCAUGGACCAAAAAGAUUGCCUUUCUGCUAAUGUUGAUGUACAGGAAAAUGCUAACUCAAACUUAGGGAAUAGUGUAUCUGUCAGGCCUUCUAGAGACAUUUCUGGAUGUGAAAGUGAAAGAUCAGUUUUUUCACCUGGUGAUGACUAUUUAAAGGUUCAUGAAAAAGUAGCUCAUGUUUCAGAUGCUAGAACUGUUGUAGAUCAAGACAGUGAUGAGUCUGAUACAGAAAUUUUCAGAGUGAAGAGACGUUCUAGAACAGAACAUGGGAGGAGGAGUACACAUGAUUCAAUAUCAGUUAAUGUUGAGCACCAGGGUUACAAACGAUUAAAGAAACAUCAAACUGAAGGACGGCUUGGGCCAUUAUCUUCAUCAGACUGUUCCAUGGCUGAUGAUGCAACUCAUAGUUACAAUGGUAAUUCAAUCCAUUCUAAGGAAGCCUUGGAUUAUCCUUUAAGAGACAAAUCGGCCAGAAGUGGUACAGUUCCCAUCUCUAUUAAGUCCAAGAAAGGGGAUAAUGCAUCGAGCAAGCAAAACGAGAAUAAAAGAGAUGAAAAUUUCGACUAUGGGUUGGGUAAGACUGUGGGGGAACCACCUCCGAUAGAGAUAGGGCCAAAGAGGCUGAAAGUCAAGACCCUUCAAUUUUUAAGUUUGGAGGAAGAAUUGAAUAGCUCAUAAAAUCUGACUUUACUCUAACUCCCAUUUUCUCUAAUGGGGAUCUAACAAAAGGAUGAAAAGCUAAAUAUUUUGGGGGAGCAGCAAUGCAACAGUUAACCAAAACUUAGAUUAAGGAGGUACAUUCUUUGUGCAGGCCUCUAAUUGGGGCAAAUGGCGCACUGGUGAUUCUUAUGGUUCUCGGGCCAUGGUGUUUUUUUAGUCUUAAAAGGCAGGAGAACGUCUCUCUCUGUCGUGAUGGAUGUGCUGGAGAGGUAGCAGGUACUUGGCAGAAGUCUGAGGUACGCGCAAGAUAACCCAGACACUAUCGUUAUAAAACUCUUUCUUUUGCCACAGCAGAUAGUAGAAUUUGGGGUAGGGACUUUUCUGUUGUACAUUUUUUAUUAACAAAUUGGUCAAUUCUUGUGAGGUCCAAUGUCUAGUAAUCAGGUUAGGCCUUUGAUCUAAUGUGACAUCUGCUGCCUCCAUCUCAACAGGUCAUUAUUCUUUUUGUAGCUAAGGGUCUCUUUGGCUUGAAACUACAUGAAUAAAUACAAAGAAGAUUGUGUUUUUA